GUCUGUCUUCUACAUGUGGGGGUUACCGAGUUAAAGUUGCUGAUUACCGCGCAUGCGCACCAAAGUUGAUUCCGUUAGCUGUCAAAGUAGAAUGUUUUCCCCCCUGUUCAUGGACCAAACUCAGCCCAGCUAGCUCCUUAACCGUAUCCAGAGUUAAAGGGAAACAACACAUCGCGACCUUUUGGAGUUUUGAAACAACAAAAAUGUCCAUAGCGAGCAAUUUUCCGAGAUUUCAGGACCGUGAGUACAAAUUCAAUCGUCGUUACCAGACGCACUAACGGUAACGUACUAACGGCUGCGGAGGUUGCGGACCUUUACAAGUUGGGACAGACGUUCGAAUAGAGUGUUACUUUUUAGGUUUUGUACGUCUCAACAAUGAAAAUAACAUAAUUAUGAGUAACCAUUUACUAUGGUAACCACCCUGUCGACUGGUGUAGCCUAGAAUCGGAGUAAAACCGGAUUUAAAGGAGCUGAGCAGGUAACCUGGCCGGCUACUCCGUUGCGAUGGGCAACCGCGGGAUGGAGGAGCUGAUCCCGCUGGUCAACCGCCUUCAAGAUGCCCUGAGCAGCGUGGGACAGAGCUGCAGCCUCCACCUGCCGCAGAUCGCUGUGGUGGGCGGUCAGAGCGCAGGAAAGAGCUCCGUCCUUGAAAACUUUGUGGGCAGAGACUUCCUUCCUCGGGGCUCAGGAAUUGUCACUCGCCGACCUUUAAUCCUCCAGCUGCUUAGUGCUACCAUGGAGUAUGGUGAAUUUCUACAUUGUAAGGGAAAGAAGUUCACAGAUUUUGAUGAGAUCAGAAAGGAGAUAGAGACAGAAACAUGCCGACUCACAGGAUCCAAUAAGGGUAUCUCUCCUGUCCCCAUCAACCUACGGAUUCAUUCACCACAUGUGUUAAACCUGACUCUUGUGGACCUGCCUGGCAUCACUAAGGUGCCUGUAGGAGACCAGCCAGCAGACAUAGAGUAUCAGAUACGAGACAUGAUCAUGCAAUACAUCUGUAAGGAAAACUGUCUCAUCCUGGCCGUCACACCAGCCAACACUGACCUGGCCAACUCUGAUGCUCUCAAACUAGCCAAAGAUGUCGACCCACAGGGCCAGCGCACAAUUGGUGUAAUCACUAAGCUGGACCUGAUGGAUGAAGGAACAGAUGCCCGGGAAAUACUAGAGAACAGGUUGCUUCCUCUACGCAGAGGUUACAUAGGGGUGGUGAACCGCAGUCAGAAGGACAUUGAUGGGAAAAAGGAUAUUAAAGCAGCUUUGCUUGCAGAGGAGAAGUUCUUCCUGUCCCACCCAGCAUAUAAACACAUGGCUGAAAGAAUGGGCACCCCAUAUUUACAAAGAGCACUCAACCAGCAACUGACAAACCACAUCCGGGACACUUUGCCAGCCUUCCGUAGUCAUCUGCAGAGCCAGCUCCUGUCUUUGAACAAAGAGGCUGAGCAGUACAGACAGUAUAGUCCUGAUGACCCUGCACGCAGGACUAAGACACUACUACAGUUAGUUCAGCACUUGGCUGUUGACUUUGAGAAGCUGAUUGAGGGCUCAGGUGACAAAGUAGACACUGUUAAUCUGUCAGGAGGUGCCAGAAUCAAUCGAAUCUUCCAUGAGUAUUUCCCCUAUGAACUGGUCAAGAUUGAGUCUGAUGAGAGGAAGAUGCGGCGGGAGAUAAACUACGCCAUCAGAAACAUCCACGGUGUCAGGACAGGUCUGUUCACCCCUGACAUGGCUUUUGAAGCCAUAGUGAAGAAAGAAAUAUCAAGGCUAAAGGGGCCAUGUAUUAAAUUUAUUGACAUGGUCAGUCAAGAGCUUAUCAAUACAGUGUACCAGUGUAUCAACAAGCUCAGUUCCUUUCCCAAACUGCGAGAUGAGACAGAGAGGAUUGUAACCGCUGAAAUCCGUGAACAAGAGAGUAAAUGCAGAGAUCAGGUCUUGUUACUCAUCGACAUUCAGCUUGCCUACAUAAAUACCAAGCAUGAAGACUUCAUUGGCUUCACUAACGCCCAGCCGACGCACAACAACCAGAGCAAUAAGACGGUUGUUGCAGGAAACCAGGGUGUGGCCACUCCCUCAAGUCUAAUAGUCAUACGCAAGGGCUGGCUGACCAUCAGCAACAUCGGCAUCAUGAAAGGUGGGGCCAAGGAGUACUGGUUUAUUCUCACUGCAGAGAGCCUGUCAUGGUUCAGGGAUGAUGAGGAGAAGGAGAAGAAGUAUAUGCUUCCUCUGGACAACUUAAAGCUCAGAGAUGUGGAGAAGGGCUUCAUGUCCAGCAAAUUUGUCUUUGCUGUCUUCAACACAGAAUCAAGGAACGUGUAUAAGGACUACAAAUGCCUGGAGUUGGCCUGCAACUCUCAGGAGGAGCUGGACAGCUGGAAGUCUUCUCUGCUACGGGCCGGAGUCUACCCUGAGAAAGUCACUGUGGAUGGACAGGGAAAUGGAUCACCUGAAAACUUCACAGAUCCCCAGCUGGAGCGUCAGGUGGAAACCAUUCGUAACCUGGUUGACUCCUACAUGAGCAUCAUCUAUAAGACUGUCAGGGACUUAAUGCCAAAGACUAUUAUGCACCUUAUUAUCAACAGUGUGAAGGAGUUCAUUAGCUCUGAGCUCCUGGCCCAGCUCUACGCUCUGGGAGAAUGCUCAGCGCUGAUGGAUGAGUCACCAGAGCAGCAGCGGCACCGGGAGGAAGUGCUUCGCAAACACGCUGCCCUGAAGGAGGCGCUCGCUGUCAUUGGAGAAAUCUCCACCUCUACCUGCACCACCCCUCUGCCUCCACCUGUCGACUCCUCCUGGAUACAACCCUCCAGGUUCUCCUCUCCACUUAGUCCAACACUCCCUAAAAACUCAUUGACCGGCGCCAGGCCAAUGAUUCGUGGUCAUGCUCCACCUGUUCCUCGGGUGCCCACUCCCACCAGACCCACCGCUUUCCAGAGUGCUGAUGGCCUUCAGCAGCUCACUGGCCAACCAAGCCGUGGUCCUUUUGUGCCAAGGAGGCAACCUCCAGCUAUCCCAAAUGUGAAAUAACAGCCCCUUCUGCUCAGAACUCCAUUACCCAUCCACCCCAGUGAUCCUUCCAGCUGCAGCUGACUGCUACCCAGAGACCCCCAUGACCUGUGUGAUGUGUAAUCCAUCUGAAGCAUUAUGCUGGGCUUCUUGCUGUCUCCUCUGGGAGCUGCCGUCUGCAAAAUUCACUCCGUCUCGAGCCUGUUUUGUACAUAAUAUCAUUGGCCAUAAAUGAUGGAAUGUGCUCGACUGUCUGCUGACUUUUCUCAAGUGCCUGGACUUUGUGUAAAUAAAAAUACCAUUUUUGAGCUAUUCUAAUAAAAGAGAUCACAUACGCACUAUUUUAACUGUUUUUGAAUAAACAGUUGUUUUAUUUUUGAA